AUGUAACAAGCCAAAAAAAAAAAAGCAUCAGGAAAAUGUGAUUCACUGCUUAGCAGCAUCCAAGGUUGCGUAUUUCAUCCUGCUCUUGUGAUAAGAAUGGACACUAAAGCCAAGUGAACAGGCGUUUGCUUCCUCUUGAGACACAUACAACGUUUGUUCCUCGCCUCUUUGUGGAUUGAAUUGAUUCUGAAAAUCACAUUUCUGUUGGAUAUUUUUUUGCCUUGAGAGAACUCAGACCGUUGGAAUCCCCAAAGGACAGGAGACAGAUCAAAAUAGACUGAGAAAGGAAAAAAAAAGUUCUCGACGAUGAAUUUUAAGCUCAGGCUACGCAUCCUUCUCUUGCUCCCUGUGUACCUCUUGAUCAAUGUGUACAGUACCCUUGUAUUCAUACCAUGGUAUUUUCUUACCAAUGCAAAGAAGAAAAAAGCAAUGGCAAAGCGUUUAAAAGCUAGGCCCGUCUCGGAGAACCCCGGAAGCCCGUACCGCUCAAUUUCACAUAUUGAGUCACUAGCCACCAUAGACUUUCCAGGAGCGGACACGCUGGAUAAACUGUUUGACUACGCCGUAACAAGGUUUGGGAAAAAGGACUGCCUUGGAACCAGAGAGAUCCUGAGUGAAGAGAACGAAAUGCAGCCCAAUGGAAAAGUAUUCAAAAAGUUGAUCCUUGGAAGUUAUCGGUGGCUAAACUAUGAAGACAUGAACCAGAAACUGAACCACUUGGGCAGCGGUCUUGCGGCACUUGGGUUAAAGCCAAAGAGCACGGUUGCUAUCUUCUGUGAAACCCGAGCCGAAUGGAUACUUGCAGCCCAAACCUGUUUCCGAUAUAACUUUCCUCUGGUUACAUUAUAUGCGACCCUUGGAGAAGAAGCAGUAACCUAUGGCCUGAAUGAAUCUGGGGCAUCGUAUCUGAUCACUAGUGCAGACCUUUUGGAAGGCAAACUGAAGAACGUAUUGUCAGAAAUCCACAACCUCAGACAUAUUAUUUAUGUGGAUAAUAAGAUCAUCAACACAUCAGACUAUCCGAAAAGACUGGAGAUUCAUAGUAUGCAAGCAGUAGAAGAGCUGGGAGCCAAAUCAGAAAAUUUAAGCACCCCACCAAGUAGACCUGUUCCAACAGACAUGGCCUUAGUCAUGUAUACAAGCGGCUCCACUGGGAGGCCUAAAGGAGUGAUGAUGAUGCAUAAAAACCUCAUAGCUGGAAUGACUGGACAGUGUGAGCGGAUACCUGGACUAGGACCCAAAGACACAUACAUUGGCUACUUGCCUCUGGCACAUGUAUUAGAACUGACAGCAGAGAUUUCCUGUAUUACUUACGGCUGUCGGAUUGGCUACUCCUCUCCUCUCACGCUUUCAGACCAGUCAAGUAAAAUUAAAAAGGGAAGCAAAGGAGAUUGUACCGUUCUGAAGCCCACCUUGAUGGCAGCUGUGCCUGAAAUUAUGGAUCGAAUUUAUAAAAAUGUUAUGAGUAAAGUCCAAGAGAUGAACUACAUCCAGAAAACACUGUUUAAAAUAGGCUAUGACUACAAACUGGAACAAAUUAAACGGGGAUAUGAUGCACCACUCUGCAACUUGCUGUUGUUUAAGAAGGUGAAAGCCUUGCUAGGAGGGAAUGUCCGCAUGAUGCUUUCGGGAGGAGCACCCCUCUCUCCUCAGACGCAAAGGUUCAUGAAUAUCUGCUUCUGCUGCCCCGUCGGUCAAGGCUAUGGGCUCACGGAGACCUGUGGGGCAGGGACAAUUACGGAAGUGUCUGACUACAGUACUGGCAGAGUAGGGGCGCCUCUAAUCUGCUGUGAGAUUAAACUCAGAGAUUGGCAAGAAGGAGGCUACACAAGUAGAGACCAGCCCAACCCGAGGGGAGAGAUCAUCAUUGGUGGGCCUAACGUCUCCAUGGGAUACUUCAGGAACGAGGAGAAAACGGCAGAAGAUUUUAUCGCUGACAAAAAUGGCCAGUACUGGUUUUGUACUGGAGACAUCGGGGAGUUUCAUCCUGAUGGCUGUCUACAAAUCAUAGAUCGCAAAAAAGACUUGGUAAAAUUGCAGGCCGGAGAAUACGUAUCACUUGGCAAAGUGGAGGCUGCCCUGAAGAACUGUCCCUUUAUUGACAACAUCUGUGCUUAUGCCAAAAGUGACCAGUCGUAUGUCAUCAGUUUUGUGGUUCCCAACCAGAAGAAGUUGACGGCUCUUGCGGAACAGAGGGGAGUGACCGGCAGCUGGGUGGACAUCUGCAACAAUCCCCUCAUGGAGGCAGAAGUCCUGAAGGAGAUUAAAGAAAUGGCAAACAAAAUGAAACUGGAGAGAUUUGAGAUCCCAGUCAAGGUGCGCUUAAGCCCUGAACCUUGGACCCCGGAGACAGGCCUCGUGACGGACGCUUUCAAGCUGAAGAGGAAAGAGCUGAAGAACCAUUACCUCAACGACAUUGAGCGAAUGUAUGGGGGGAAAUAGCCUCCCAAGCCGCUUUGAAGUCAGAAACAGGUCAGGAUUCCUCCUGAAAGACAUUAUUCCUUCAAAUGUGGCAUUUUUUUCUUGUGGCCCUGGUGGCAGGCAACACCCUGCUGGAAAGGAGGAAGUAACAGAGCCACGCGUCUUCAAGAUGCUGUCAAAGCGAGUGACCACUGCCAUCGUUUCAUGCGAUCACCUCCCGUCCUGGACGGCCGUGGUCACACGAAACUCCCUCAUUGGAUCAACCACAGUUUCUGCCUUUAUAUUCUGGCGUCUUACCCGUGAGGAGUUAGAUCAUCUAAUUCCAAUAUGAUGCGUUGUUGUUGUUGUUUUGGGGUUUUUUUUAAUGGAGGAAAGACAAGAUAGUCUUUAAUGUAUAUAUGGGGAAGAAGUGAAGGAAACGGUAGGCCAGGCUUUGUCCUUUUCAGAAUGCUGCUCAGAAAUUGACAAUCUCAGGUCCUUUGCCAGGAGAAUAUCUUUUUUUUAUUGUCACAGAGAAAAAGAAAAAAAGUUGUCUUCUGAAAUGUUGCUUCCACAGAGCCAAAAACUGACAGACCAACACACAACACGUUAAUUUCUGUAAUGGAAACCCCAUAGCAAGUUCUAAUAGAAUACACACAAUGCGCAGUAUCUUAAGCUGCUAAAGAGGACCUUCUGGCUGUGUGGAAGUAUUCCUGUGGUACUUUGAGAGCGUUUAGAGCCCAGUUCUAGUUAUUUCUUAUUUAACACCGAAGAGGUAGAAGUGCAGCCUUUAAUGCCAGUAUUUUUCUUCUCUAAUCUCUCCUGCCAUUCACUUGAGCACAGGCCACAUCUUUCCUUCACUUUUAACAGCCCACUAAUUCAACAUGGAAGGGACAAGUGAUGGAUUGCAUGUGUUUUUCAUUAUUCCAGGUAUUAAAAGUGCCUAAAAGAGAGACAAGUACACUUACAAAGAACAGAGCUGAAGUUAAAAAGAUCUGUCAACCACAUCCAACUCACCCGUAUCUUGCACUUUUGACACUGCCAUUUGGAUUAUUUUUCUUACUCCAAAAGGGUUUAAAAUCAUUUAGCGGUUGUUGCCAUCACCGACACUGCUGUGGCUUGUAAUAGUAAGGCUAGGACAGUUUUCAGAUCCUUUUCUGUACUGUCUUUCAAAGCAGGUCAGCUGAUGGGUAAAGAAGUUUAUGAAUUUUCUCUGUUCAUGCACACUUGUUCUUCUCGAGUGUGACUUUCCUUAUCUCUGCCUCUCUUCCUCCAAGCCCAUCCACUGUUGGAAUUAGAAGUCUUCUAUUCUGUUUUUGUACUCUGAAAGGGGCAUUUUCUCUAUUUAUCUCUUUAAAUGUGUCACACGAAACAAAGUCACACGUGAAAACUGUAUUUCUUUCCUUGAUGUGUGAUGAACGUGACUUUCGAAGGUUUAACUGGCUUGCCAAAAGGGAAAAAGUCUGUAUUUAAAACUUUUGUCUUUUUUAUUUGAUUGUUUAUUUGUGAACAUGUUUAUUUAAAAAAAACUGGAAAACUA